AGGGGUUUGAUACCAUUCCAUUCACUCCAUUCUGUCCAUUAUUAUGAGCCCUCAACAGSCUCCACUGGUCUACUUACCGUCCUGCCUCUUUUCUUUAGCCCUGCCUCUUUUUCGUCCUUUGUUUCCUUCAACCAUUCUCGACCUUUCCUCUGGCUUUCUCUUCUUCCCUCUGCUAAUGUACUUCCUGGAUCUUGGUGUGGGCUAGCUGUGCAUCGCCCUGAACAACACAGAGCAUGUGCGUGUGUUCCUGGGCCACCUGCCUCGGGACCUGGACUGGCAGGGRGUGGAGCAAGCCAUGGAGGAGUCUUGCGGGGCGGAGGGGAAGGAGCAGGUCAACAAGGCCCUGAACGGACAGCUCUACAACGUGGAUGCGGACCUACAGAGGGAGGCCAAGCGCCUCAUCACCCACCUCACAGACAAGAUGCUUUCAGAGCUGAAGAGGUACCUCCAACACAUCAGCCUGUCCCCUGACUCCAUCAACAACGAUGAUGCCGUGUCCCCCCUCAUGAAGUACUUACGUGACACUUUAGUCAUCCUCAGCAAGUCUCUGGUGAAGGAGAAUCUGGCUAGAGUUCUCCUCGGCAUGUGGGAGCUGCUCCUCAGAAUGAUCCUAGACACGGUGGCGGAGAACAUGGGAGUCCAGGUGGAGUUCUACAACCGCUUCCAGUACACUGUGGAGGUCAGUGGUGUGGCACUCGUCUCUGGCAUCUUCAUGACAGAGGACACCAUUUGUAGAUGCUAG